AUGGAUACACCCGGUGAAUACGAAGAGAAUGACUUUCCUAUCUGGCAAGAACCGCGGUGUGAACCCUUGGGAGCACCCAAGGAAACACUUUGUGAUGAAAACAAUCCAGAUCAGGCCCACGGAGACAGACUACAUGCCUUGGAAGAAGAACAGGAAAUCCUAUCGUCAUCUGUUUUCUCCUUGACUUCACAUCUCGCUCAGGUAGAGUUCCGUUUGCGACAAAUUUUGAAAGCCCCGCCGGACGAAAAAGAUGAAAUGCUGAAAGCUCUUGAAGAGUUUACUUCACGAGGAGUGCACGAUUCUCGGGCAGCCCCUCAAGGCAGCUCGGGAGAUGCUUCCUGCACCGAAUGUGUUGAGUUAGAACGGAAAAUAUCGCGACAACGUACGAAACAGGCACACUUUAUAGAUAGACUUAAAGUUCAACUAAAGGAAUUAGAACGAUUUGCGGCAAACCCGACUUCCACAAGUGACAGUAAACACAGAACAUUAAUUGAUCAUUUACGCACUGAAAUAGAUCAGAACCUUGAAGAGGGAUGUCAUCAACCACUCACUGCUGAAGAACUCAGGCACCAGAUAAACUGUGCCGUCCGACAGUAUGCAGACAGACAACUAUCGAAAGAUGAAAUCAUAAGUAAACUGCAAGCUCAUAUUGAAGAUAUGCAGAAAUUCAUCAAGCUAAUGAAAAAUGAGGAACUUAAAAACACCAAAGUAACAUCUGAAACAAAAAAUGUUGGUAAAUCUGAGAAAUUUGACAAAAACUUCAGCAAAAGUAAAAGUAAUGAUGAUUUGAGAGCAGAAACCAUAAACUUAAUGAGGAAAGCAUCUACUUUGAUUCAGAUCUUUACAGUUUCACAGUUUGGAUGCUCCCCAAAUACCAACAGGAGGCAUGAAGGCAAGUCCUCGACUAUUGUUACACAUUGGGGCAAUUUGCGUGCAAGACUGGAGAUGUCAGUGGAUGGUGUACUCCACUUAGUUUCCAGAGACCGACCAUCUCAUACCAUGGUGGAUAAUUAUGACAGUGAGUCUGAAGAAGGUGGUAUUGUUAUAAAUGAUGCUCCACUGACUACUGCAGUUCGCAGACACCUUGCUAUCAACUUGCGGGACCUCCUACACCAUGGACUGACUGGCCCUGAAUCAACCUCUCUUGUUCCUAUUAUUGGAUGUUUUCCUGUACGCAGAUCUUCUUCAUCCAGAGCUACACAUAUAUGGGAGGUGAUCCUUCGCUACUAUGACUUAAAUGAUGGUGAUAGAUUUAAUUCCACCCCAGCAAGGAAGUUAAGUCAAAGCUUUAACUUGGAUAUUGUAGGAGGAACGGCUAUAACUAAUAAACAAAGUCUGUUGAGUGCUAUAGGCAGCAUUGUGGCAUCCCAUACACCAUACAAAAGGAGUUAUGACGCUCAUUUCAAAGCUUUUGUUUGUGCAGCAUUGAAUGCUCAUAAGCUUGUUAUCUGGCUGAAUAUUAUUUUGAAAAGCAGAUCGUUGAUUGAUGCCUACUAUUCAUCAACCAGCUAUGUGGUAAACACUGGAUUCCAAGAUGCCCUACAAAGUUUAGAUCGCCUAACUCCAUACAAUUUUGAUCUGCCUGUUGACCUUGCUGUUAAGCAGUUUCAGAAUAUCAAAGAUGUAUUUAUGUAA